AUGUCCACCGAAUCCCUCCCAAUAACGCCCGGAGCCUUUGCGGAAGCAAUCAAAGAGCUCCCACUUGCCUUACUCUACAGCAAAGUAUCCGAGCUUACCAACUCCAUCACUCACCUGCACCGCUCCAACGCCGAGCUGCGCGCAUUCUUGUUAGAAAGCUGCGACUCAGAGGAAGAAAAGAAAGAGCUGGAGACUUAUAUCAAAGAGAAUGAGGAUGUGGCAGUCUCCAUGAAUGAACGGAUCGCGUUGCUGAAGACUGAGGUUGAGAACCGUGGACUGCCGUGGAUUGAGCUUGAUCAGCUGAAGAAUGAUCCCAUUGCGCCGGUGACGAAUGGCACUGGCAAUGGCAAUGGAAGUACCGGUGCGACUCAGGAUGCAACUGAGAGCCAGAGCCAGGGCGAAGGUGGGGAAGAUGGAGUCUACCUAUGA